CAUGGUUCCACACAGUAAACUUGACUAUCAACUGAUUUAUUCAGCAUUCUUCAUCCAGAGUACCAAACACCUGCCCAGGAGGAGUCAGGCCUGCCGUGUUUGCUGAAUGAUGUCUGCCCUACAGGAAUGGCCGGCGCAGGACCUUCACCUUUCUCAGGAGGUGCCCACGGAAGCGGAGACUCAAGCUUCCCCACACGAGGUACGCAAGGACCUGAGUCGGGGCAACGCACCGCACCGUCCGAGCACGGCCGCCCCAGCUGGGACCCCGUUGCCGCGCUUCCCCGCACCUCUACGGUGCCCAUCGGCCUCCAGCUUGGCCAUCUCUCCGCGAGCGGGAGCGCGCGACGACGAAGAGGCCCAGGGACGCCAGCAGCAGCGGCAGCCGAGCUAA